UUGGGAAUUAUAGCCGAAGACAUUCUGGGACUGUGACAAGAUUACUGUUGUCGACUUUGGUUUGUUGAGAAAGGAUUGACCGCUGUUGGGCCUACUUAGUGGACUGAGGGUUUGCCUGAUUGGGUGAUCAAGAGUGUGUUCUUGUGGACAUCAUGGCGUCCUCUUCUGCUGGAAUUCCGGCGGAGGUGGAUCGCAGAGCGGAAGACCUGCGUGGCAUGCUCCAGAACUGCUUUCUUACUGGUGAGGAGAACGAACAAACGGCGGCACGAUACAUUCAUACGUAUCGGGAUGCCCAGGAGGAUAUGGUGGUGGUGGACUUGGACCCUUUGGCGGCGGAUGUCACGGUUGGCUAUUUGCGGCAGGAUGGGGUGCUGGUGGUUUUCCAGGGAGCCGGCGCUGACGCGACGUUCGUUGAGAAGGAAGAAUGGUUGCGAGCGAUGGAGACGGGUUGGGAUUUGGUCACAGCCCAAAAGAAUAAAGCGGCGCCUAGAUUGGUGAACCGACGGUAUGACAUGCAUUCAUCGGCGAAAUCCAGGAUAUCGAAAUCGUUGAAAUUCCGAUCUCCACACGGAUGGCAUAAAGUGGAUGUCGUGACACAUGAAACUCCAUGGUGCCGCGACUGCAGAUGGUACGGUCAUGAUAGUGGAGCAUCGGACUGUCCCAAAGCGAGCAGGCCACAAGGACGAUCAUAUUCGGAGGUGGUGGGUGGUGGUUCUUCAGCUUCAGCGGCAGGAGGGCUGCCGCCGGAGGGGGGACGUCCGCCGGGGGCGGCGGGUGGUCCUUCAGCACCAGCGGGAGGAGGCUUGCCGCCGGUGGGAGGACCUCCACCGGGAGGGCCCUUGCCCGGGGGACCUCCGCCGGGAGGACAUCAGCCUGUGGGGAACAAUCCGGGUGGUUCAUCUGCUUCAGCGGCAGGAGGGCUGCCGCCGGUGGGGGGGCAUCCACCGGGGGCGGCGGGUGGUCCUCCAGCACCAGCAGGAGGAGGCUUGCCGCUGAUGGGGGGACCUCCACUGGGAGGGUCCUCGCCCGGGGGACCUCUGCCGGGAGGACAUCAGCCUGUGGGGAACAAUCCGGCUCUGCAAGAACGUGGUUCUUCUAUCCCGGUGGCGGGAGGAUUACCUCCGGUGGGGGGACCUACGCCGGGAGGGGAAACGACAGGAGGAAUGAAUCCACGUCAGCAGAGUGGAGGAAAUCUUUUACAUGAGCCUGCGUCUUUGCCUUCACCAGCUGCCACGCUGUUACCUACUAUCGGAGACGGCCAUCCCCCACCAAUUUCGCCAUUACCUAUGGCUUCGUCAGUGCCUCUGGGAAUGCCUUUACCAGUUGUUCGAGAUGGGCAUCUCCUGCCCACCUCGCCUCACCCCACGACUACUAAAGGAGGGAUUCAGCUGCAACUUCGACAGCAGGCACAAGGAAUGACGGUACCAACAGUUGGACCGGGACGGCUUACUGAGCAACAGCAACUUGGGGGGGAUGAUGGCUACAAGGAGGCACCCCCUAUGACGAAAGAGAUAAUGGGAGAGGAAGUGCUUAUGCUCCAAUAGAAAGAUCCAUACCAAUCGCAGCGAAGAAAAGCGACCACAGGGGGGCCAAGGCAGCAGCAACCGGGCCCUGACGAUCGGCCUUCUCAGGAUCGCUGUACCUUAUC